GAGAGAGAGAGAGACAGAGAGAGAGAGAGACACACAGAGAGAGAGAAAGAGAGAAGAGACAGAGAGAGAGAGAGACACACAGAGAGAGAGAAAGAGAGAGAGAGAGAGAGAGACAGAGAGAGAGAGAGACACACAGAGAGAGAGAAAGAGAGAGAGAGAGAGAGAGACAGAGAGAGAGAGAGACACACAGAGAGAGAGAAAGAGAGAGAGAGAGAGAGAGACAGAGAGAGAGAGAGACACACAGAGAGAGAGAAAGAGAGAGAGAGAGAGAGAGACAGAGAGAGAGAGAGACACACAGAGAGAGAGAAAGAGAGAGAGAGAGAGAGAGACAGAGAGAGAGAGAGACAGAGAGAGAGAGAGAGAGAGAGAGAGAGAGAGAGAGAGAGAGAACGAGAGGAGAGAAAGAGGAGGAGAGAGAGAUCGAGAGGAGAGGGAACAAGAGGAGAGAGAGAACGAGAGGAGAGAGGGAACGAGAGGAGAGAGAACGAGAAGAGAGAGAGAGAGGAGAGAGAACGAGAGGAGAGAGAACAAGAGGAGAGAGAACGAGAGGUGAAAGAGAACGAGAGGAGAGAGAGAGAGGAGAGAGUA